UUCGGUGCAGUGUGAACUUCGUGCAAAUAAAUGCAGGAAUAAAAAACACUAUUAAACUUUUAUUAUACAUUUUUAUUGCUGUUAAACUCAAUUAAUUAAGGUUUCUUCCUAAUUAUAAUUUGCCAGAUGAAAAGAAAACUUUUUAAAAGUAUAGUUAUGAUUAAAGUAGUAAUAUUUCGAUAAAGUAUUUAUCCAUCCAACAAACCUGAAAAUGACAGAAGAUCACAACAAUGAAAAUGAGAGUGACAAGACUGAUGAAGAUAAUCAAGUAGAUGAAAAUGAAUUUGAUGCCUUAUAUGCCGUUUACAAAACGAAACGUGAAAAUGAGGAUACAAAUACGAAAAUAUAUAUAGUAUUUGUAUUUCUUCGAAUAUUAAUGACUUUAUUACCCCAAUCGGGUUAUAUUCAUCCAGAUGAAUUUAUUCAGUCUAUUGAAGUCGUUGGAGGUUCAAUUCUCAAUGCAGAUGUAGAAUUCCCAUGGGAAUUCAAUCGGACGAAUCCAGUACGGAGUAUAUUCAUACCAGGAAUAGUCCAUGGAGUUCCAAUAUGGUGUUUAAAACAAUUAAAUCGACUAUUCGAAUAUAUAUUUGAUAUAAAUAUACUCACGCCUUACUCGUUAAUAGUAUUUCCACGAUUAACGCUAUGUAUAGCUUCAUUUAUUAUUGAUUACGCUUUAUACGAUAUUUGUCGUAUUUAUUCCCGUCCAUAUCAUGCAAAGUUAACGAUUUUAGCCAGCUCAUAUGUUAUGUUAGUAUACGCAACGCGUACAUUUUCCAAUACAAUUGAAAUGGUAUUAUUUUCAAUUUUAAUAUGGAUGAUUGCAAUUUGUAUUUACGAUCAUCAAUUAAUCGUAAAAUUUCGUGCACAGUUUUUACGUAUUUCUAAUGGUUUGGAAACACCACGUAGUCGUGUAAAACAUUUAAAAAUUUUAAAAUUAAUUGAAAGUUUAAAUUUACAACAUUGUUUUCUAAUAGCGUGUAUCGCUGUUAUUGGUUGUUUUAAUCGACCCACGUUUGUUUUAUUUGGAGUGGGUCCAUUAUUUUUCUGGAUACAUCGUGGACUAAGUUCUGAAUAUAUUACAGUUAAAGAUGUUCAUACACGAAUGUUAAUGUUUUUAUUAAGUGCCGUACCGUUAAUUUUGUUAAUUAUUAUUGUUGAUUCAUCCUAUUUUGGAUAUUUAACUGGUCCAGAAAUUAUGAAUUUAGAUAUAUCCUUGAAAAAUUUUGUUUUUCCACCAUGGAAUUUUUUGAAAUAUAAUAUGAAUGUUAAUAAUUUGGCGAAACAUGGAAUACAUCCAAAAUAUGUGCAUUUUUUGGUGAAUAUGCCUUUGUUGUUUGGAUGUUUGGCAUUUGUGAUGGGACGAUCGUUAUUAAUGAACGCUAUUAAAUUUGUACAAAAUCCUAAGCUUCAAGGAUACAAUCGUGCGAUCGAUAUAGAUAAUUUUAUGCGUGUCACAUUAAUUUCACCGCUAGUUUUACUAUCAUGGUUCCCACAUCAAGAACCACGAUUUAUAAUUCCAAUAAUUUUACCGUUAAUAUUUUUAUAUGGUGAUGAAUUAUAUGAUAUUAUGUCAAAAACAUCAUUUAUGAAUACGUUAUUUCGAUUAUGGAUGUUAUUCAAUUUUUUGAUGACCAUUUUUUAUGGAUUUAUUCAUCAGGGUGGUGUUUAUCACUUAUCAAAUUUCGUGCACAAUGAAAUUAACACAUCACCUUUAAAUACAACAUUCCAUUUAGUUUUGAGUCAUACAUACAGCUAUCCACGAAUUUUAUUAAACCAGCCCGACACUAAUAUUAUUUUUCGAUCAACGACUGGUGCAUAUUUUCAGAAGAAACGUCGUGUUUAUUAUUAUGAACAACAAAGUCAACCAGUAUCGAAUUUAGUUGAUAAAGUGAAUAUUAUUUACAAUACGUAUAAAAGUUCAUCCACACCCUUUAAAAUAUUUAUCUGUUUACCAAGUUUACUUGGACAUGAAUUUGAAACAAAUAUUCGACAAAAUGAUAAUUUUAUCUUAUCUUAUAUUGAUAGUUUAUUUCCACAUUUAAGUAUUGAAUCAAUCACAACACCUGAUGUAUGGGGUUUGGCCAAAUAUGAAACGUUACAUUAUAAAUUGUUAUCAAUUAUUUCCAAAUUUGAAAAUAUUCUUAGUCUGAAUGUUUAUAGUAUCUCAUAUAUGGGGGAAAUUAGUUAAAUUAGAAUGAUGUAUAUGUUUAAGGUAGUUUGACCGUAAAUCCACUUUUCUUAAGAAUUUUAUGAUAUUGAAAUAGUAUUAAUCAAGAUAUAUUUAAUCAUUCAGAUUGAUCACCUUUCGUAUCACAAUCACUAUUGUGAUGAGAGAAAAUGUGUUUACGUGUGAAAAAGCACUAAUAGGGAAUAUUCAUGAAAUUUAAAUUUGGUUCAAAUAUUUUUCUUCUGUAACUUUAAUGA